GCCAGACUACAACUCCCAGAGUUCCCAGACCCACAUGGGACUUUUAGCCCAACACAUUGGAAGGGCCUGAGAUCAGGGGAGGCUAUGGCUGUGGACUCAAUGGAUCCUCCGCAUCCAGAGACAGUCUACCUCUGAACCCAGUUUGCUUGGGAACAACAGGACAAAUCUGCCUUGGAAAUGCAGAAUAACCUCCCCUUGCGUGUGACCCAUCUUCUCCCGUAGCCCUUCUGGACAACAAAAGCUAGUGGCUGCCCAGUUCAGAUGCCCAAGGAAAUCUGAGGGGAAGCCAUGUCUAGAGAAGGAGGUGUGAUGGCCACUGUGGAUCUCCAGCUGCGGAACUUCCCCUUCUCUCACGAGUUACCUGCAGGCAUUAAAAUGGAGAUGACAGCAGCCCCUGAACUUAGGAAUGGGGAGGAGGAAUCUCGAAAAGGAAGAAAGGGCCACAAUUUUGUGCAGGUUGGAACCCCUGACAAGUUCCCCAAAUGGGUGACACUGUUGCAGGUGAAACAAGAGCCCAAGGAAGAGAUGACCGAGCCAUGGGGAACCCAGGGGCAGGAAUGGUGGAGUACCUUGUGGCCCGUGUGUUCAGGAGAGCUGUGUCCACAGCUUCAAAGCAGAGGUGAAAUCAGUGGGUUGCCACCACACUCUUUGGAGGACAUAUCUGGAACCAAGCAGUGGCUGGAAGCCCCCCUUGCUAUGGGCCUCAGGGGAGAAACCGAAGGGAUCUACCAGAAUCUGGAGGGCAAAGGUGGGGAAGGGGACAAGAAGGCGGAGGACCUUCUGGGCCAAGAGGGCGUCAGCUCCGAGAUCCAGCGGACGCGGUUCCGGCAUUUCUGCUACCGGGAAGUGGAGGGACCCCGCGAGGUUUGCAGUCGGCUCCGGGACCUCUGCAGCCAGUGGCUAAAGCCAGAGCAGCAUACAAAGGAGCAGCUUCUGGAGAUGGUCAUCCUGGAGCAGUUCUUGGCCAUCCUGCCCCAGGAGAUGCAGAGCUGGGUCAGGGAGGGCGGACCAGAGACCUGCGCCCAAGCGGUGGCCCUGGCCGAGGACUUCCUGUGGAGUCAGGAGGAGCCCAGAGGCUGCUGGGAAGAAAAGGUGCCACUGGUGUCAUCUGGAGAGGAAAAGAUGAAAGCUGCCGUUGGGUCUCCACUGGAUGUCGAAACAGGACAGUCAGACAAAGAGGUCCAAGAGGAGGAGGAGAGCGAGGAUACCAGCUUGCUCACCAUUGGGAUGGUCUCCCUGCGGCGUUCCGGGUCAUCUGCUCCAGAACAAACUCAGAUGACUUUUGAAGAAGUGUCCAUGUAUUUCACCGAGGGGGAGUGGGCCUUGCUGGAUCUGGACCAAAGAGCUCUAUACAGGGAGGUCAUGCUGGAGAAUUACAAGGAUGUGUCUGCUCUGGGAUUUUUUAUUUCCAAACCAAACCUUAUUGCCCGGCUGGAAGAAGGGCAAGAUUCAUUCAUCUGGUCUUCUGAGCCAGUAGAAAGAAGGAAAAUUACAGAUAUCUUGUCUGCAACUGAGAUCAAAGAAGAAGGCGGUCCCCAGGAGGAGGUUCCUCCUACGUUGGUGGAAACACCCAGGAUACUAUCCGGAGGAUCUCAGGAGGGAAUUUGCUUGACACUUGUGGACUGUGAAAGUGAUGGCUCAGCCAGUAAGAAGGACACGGGCAGGACUCAUCUGAAUGGCACCCUCCAGCUAGCAGGAUCUGAUGGGGUCUUACUGAGAGAUUUCCAAGGGCCCCUUUCCAUGAAGUCGGAACCUUUCGAUCAGGGCUACGAGUCUGACAGACAGCACGGGCUGCACACUGUGAAGGCAUGGAGCCUAGACCUUCAGAAAGAGAAACACGUCUCGGCAGAUGAUAUUGGCCUAAUUCACGCUGCAGGAGAGUGCCACAUGUGUCGCAAAUGCGGGCAGACGUUUGAGCACCAGUCUGGGCUGAUCGUCCACCAGAUGAUCCACACAGCCGAGAGACCCUACGAGUGCCUCGAGUGUGGCAAAAGUUUCUGCCGACGGGAGAACCUUCUUGCGCAUCAGAGAAUCCACCUGGGGGAGAGGCCUUACGAAUGCCACCAGUGCGGGAAAACCUUCAGCACUCGCUCACAUCUUAUUACCCACCAGAGAAUUCAUACGGGCGAGAAGCCAUACGGGUGCCUCCACUGCGCCAAGAGUUUUAGCAACAAGUCCUCGCUCGUCACACAUCAAAGAAUCCACACGGGAGAGAAACCUUACGAGUGCCCCGAAUGCGGGAAAAGUUUUUGCCAGAGCGGGCAGCUGAUUCGGCACCAGCGGAUCCACACGGGAGAGAAGCCAUAUGCGUGUCCGCAGUGUGGGAAGCGUUUCUGCCAGAGAGGACAACUCAUCAGACACCAGCGAAUGCACACGGGGGAGAAACCCUAUGAAUGUCUUCAGUGUGGGAAGAACUUCAGCAGGAAAUCCUACCUUGACAUUCACGUGAGGAUGCACACCGGAGAAAAGCCGUACAUAUGUGCCGAGUGUGGGAAAUGCUUCUGCCAGAGCGCACAGUUAAUUCGGCACCAGAGAAUCCACUCAGGAGAAAAACCUUUUGCAUGCUCUGAGUGUGGAAAGAGCUUUUCCCAGAAAGAAAAAGUGACUAGACAUCAGCGAACCCACGUGGAAUCCAAACCGUACGAAUGCCCUGAGUGUCGGAAAACCUUCCCACAGAAAGAUAAGCUCUUUCACCAUCAAAAAACCCACACAGGGUUUGAAAUGUUAUGAAUGGUUUGGUUGUUAAGAAAAUGAUUAGAUGUGUAAAAGAGUUUUAUCUAAAACACAUUAGGAAAACGUUUGCUGUAGUUUGGACUUCCUGGUCGUUAGAAGAAAUAUAUAAGAGAAACGAAGAAAAAGUCCAGCUGGAUUAGGGUUCUCUAGUGCAGUUUCCUGUAAUAGUUGCCAGAUAUUUCUGAAAGAAAUAAAGAGUUCUGAUUGUUAGGGAA